GCAGUUAAGAACAUUUAAAAAAAUGAAAGUACACAUAAUGUCAACCAUCACCAAGAAACUGAAUUAAGUAUAACAAAAAAAUCAUUUUCCAAUGGACUCAAACGAAAAUCGGAAGACGAAUUGGAAAGGCCUUCAAAAGUCAUAAAUAGAGGCAUUUUAACUAAUCCAGAACUAACACAAACGUUUGCAGGUACAGAUAUCAAUAAUAUUUAUCAAUUUUUAUACCGUUCUCGUAGAUCGUCAUAUCCGAAACUCCCAACAAAUAUUAUAGAAGUAAUCAACGUAAUGAGCGAGCGUCAAAUUAAAACUGUCCAGGACGAAAACUUUAUUCUUGUUGUUGAUUCAGUAAACAAAAUUAUAUGUUUUUCGAAUUUAAAACUUCUUUGUUCAGUAGACAAAAUAUUUGUGGAUGGUACUUUUACCUACUGUCCAAAAUAUUUUCUUCAGCUUUUUACUAUACACAUCUUCAAGAACGGACAUUAUAUUCCACUCGUGUACUUCUUAUUACCAGACAAAUGUAAAGACACAUAUGCACUAUCGUUCGGAUAUGUGGUUGAAAAAUGUUCGGAAAUUAAUUUAUUAUUCACUCCGUCGAAAAUAGUUUCCGAUUUUGAAGAAGCUAUACAUAUUGGUGCAAAAACAAUAUGGCCAGAAAUACGGAUGGUUGGUUGCAGAUUUCAUUUAACACAAAAUUGGUGGAAACACAUUCAAAGUCUUGGCUUAUCAAAAGAAUAUAAAGACGCAUCAAGUGAAAUAGGUAAUUGGCUAAAAUGGGUAUUUGGCUUACCAUUACUAAAUCCAGAAGAAGUAAGCGAUUGCUUUACGACAGAUUUGAUGUCAGUUUCUCCAGAUGAUGAAAGGAUAAUUAGGUUCUGCGAUUAUUUAGUUGAAUAUUAUAUUGAUGAAGGUGCAAAAUUCAAUCCACGUAUUUGGGCAUCGAGAGAAAUAACAUAACCAGAACGUACUACAAAUAGCUGUGAGUCUUUCCACUCAAAAUUAAAUUCACAAUUCACAAAAGCUCACCCCAACAUUUUCAUAUUCACCCAUGUUUUAAAUAAAAAAUACAAACUGACACUUACAUACCUACAUAUAAACGGAAUAAAC